GCAGCUUUGAAUGAAACUCAAACUUUGAAGUGCAAGAAACGAGGACAGGAUUCAUCCCCAAGCCGCCUACCUCCUUCCUUUUCGUACUCGGUUCCAACUUUUGAACUUUUUAACUAUUAUUUUCUCCGCGAGAGCGCGCCUGGCACUGCCCCGCGCCGCGCUGAAGUUUCACCCACACACACAUACGCACACAUUUACGAGCGCACACGGCCCAGCCUCACCGAGCGCACUAUAAAACCCAGGAAAACAUGAUGAGCAACAAUGCUUACUACGAGCCUCAGCAGUUCCAGCAGCCGCAGCUUUAUUACUACCAGGACGGCGAGGACGGAGGCGGAGAGGAGGAGAUGCCCGCCACCGAGAAGGACCUGGCCGAGGACGCGCCCUGGAAGAAGAUCCAGCAGAACACCUUCACCAGGUGGUGCAACGAGCACCUCAAAUGCGUCAACAAGAAGAUUUCGGACCUGCAGAAGGACCUGAGCGACGGCCUCAAGCUCAUAGGGCUUUUGGAGGUCCUGAGCCAGAAGAAGAUGUACAGAAAGUACCACGCAAGGCCCAAUUUUAGACAGAUGAAGCUGGAGAACGUGUCCGUAGCGCUCGAGUUCCUGGAAAGGGAGCACAUCAAACUGGUGUCUAUAGACAGUAAAGCCAUUGUGGACGGCAACCUAAAGCUGAUCCUGGGACUGAUAUGGACGCUCAUUUUACACUACUCCAUCUCCAUGCCCAUGUGGGAGGACGAGGACGACGAAGAUGCCAAGAAGCUCACACCCAAGCAGCGCCUUCUGGGCUGGAUCCAAAACAAAGUUCCUCAGCUGCCAAUCAACAACUUCCACCGUGACUGGAGGGACGGCAAGGCGCUGGGUGCCCUGGUGGACAACUGUGCUCCUGGUCUGUGUCCCGACUGGGAGAUGUGGGAUCCCAGUCAGCCCGUGGAGAAUGCCAGAGAGGCCAUGCAGCAGGCUGAUGACUGGCUCGGAGUGCCUCAGGUUAUUGCUCCUGAGGAGAUUGUGGACCCGAAUGUGGACGAGCACUCUGUGAUGACCUACCUGUCUCAGUUCCCCAAAUCCAAACUGAAGCCAGGUGCUCCACUGCGCUCCAAAACCUUGCAUCCACAAAGAGCUAAGGCUUAUGGACCCGGUAUUGAACCCAGGGGUAACAUGGUGUUAAAGCCGGCAGAGUUUGUGGUUGAGACUGUGGAAGCAGGUCUUGGAGAAGUGCUGGUGUACAUUGAAGAUCCUGAGGGUCACACAGAGGAGGCUAGAGUCAUCCCAAACAAUGACAAGCACAGGAGUUACUCUGUAGUCUAUGUGCCCAAGGUGGAGGGCCUCCAUAAGGUGAAGGUGCUGUUUGCUGGGCAGGACAUAAAUCAGAGCCCUUUCCUUGUGAAUGUGUCCAAAGCUCUGGGAGAUCCCAACAAGGUGCAGGCACGUGGCCCAGGCCUGGAACCAGUGGGCAACAUGGCCAACAAGCCUACUUACUUUGACAUCUACACUGCAGGUGCAGGCGCCGGUGAUGUAGGUGUGAUCAUCGUGGACUCGCAGGGCCGCAGGGACACAGUGGAGAUCCUACUUGAGAACAGGGGUGACAGUGUUUUUCGCUGCACAUUCUGCCCUAUGCUGGAAGGACCUCAUGUCAUCUAUGUCACUUUUGCUGGCCAACAAAUACCCAGAAGUCCCUUUACUGUCCAUAUCUCAGAGGCUCCUCCGAGCAGCGUGCCGACCGACUCCCCGGUUCAGAUAAUCCCUCAAUCUAUUCGCACGCCACCCUCCGAAAAGCCCAAGAAAGUGCCGCCCCCAACGCCGCCCAAACCCAGGCGAGCAACAAGUAACCCGAAUGCUUGCCGAGCCAUCGGCCGAGGUCUUCAGCCCAAAGGUGUCCGGGUAAAGGAGGUGGCUGAUUUUAAAGUCUACACUAGAGGAGCAGGCAGUGGAGACUUGCGGAUCAUUGUCAAAAACCCUAAGGGUGGAGAUGAUCCUGUGAAGGUGUGCGACCUCGGAGAUGGGGUGUAUGAGUGCAACUACUACCCUAUUUUUACUGGAAAAUACACUGUGAUCAUCACAUGGGGUGGCCAUGCCAUCCCACGCAGCCCAUUUGAGGUGUUGGUUAGUGAAGACGCAGGACCUCAGAAGGUGAGAGCAUGGGGUCCAGGCCUGGAAACGGGCAUGGUGGGCAAGUCAGCUGACUUUGUGGUGGAAGCUAUUGGCACAGAGGUUGGAACUCUAGGAUUCUCAAUUGAAGGCCCAUCGCAGGCUAAGAUUGAGUGUGAUGAUAAAGGCGAUGGCUCCUGUGAUGUUCUCUACUGGCCCACGGAGCCGGGUGACUAUGCUGUCCAUGUCAUCUGUGAUGAUGAGGAUAUUAAGGACAGCCCCUUCAUGGCUCACAUUCUCCCUGCAGCCAAUGAUGUUUUUCCUGAAACGGUGAGAUGUUAUGGUCCUGGCUUGGAGUGUACUGGCUGCAUUGUAAACAAACCUGCAGAGUUCACUAUAGAUGCUCGAGGAGCAGGGCGAGGCCAGCUAAAGAUCUAUGCUCAGGAUUCAGAAGGCUAUCCUAUUGACAUCCAAAUUACAGACAACGGCGACAGUACUUUCUUUUGUGUCUAUAUCCCCACUAAGCCAAUUAAGCACACUAUCAUCAUCACCUGGGGCGAGGUCAAUGUCCCCAACAGCCCAUUCAGGGUGAACAUUGGAGAGGGUAGCCACCCUGAAAAUGUAAAGGUGUAUGGACCAGGCGUAGAGAAGACUGGUCUGAAAGCCAACGAGCCCACCUACUUUACAGUGGAUUGCAGCGAGGCUGGUCAAGGAGAUGUAAGCAUUGGAAUCAAGUGUGCACCGGGAGUUGUAGGCCCUGCAGAGGCUGACAUUGACUUUGACAUUAUUAAAAAUGAUAAUGACACAUUUACUGUGAAGUACACUCCACCAGGCCCUGGACGUUAUACCAUUAUGGUGCUGUUUGCUGAUCAGGAAAUACCCAUUAGCCCCUUCCGUAUUAAAGUGGACCCCUCCCAUGAUGCUAAUAAAGUAAAAGCAGAGGGUCCAGGACUGUGCAAGACUGGUGUGGAGGUGGGCAAGCCAACACACUUCACAAUUUACACCAAAGGAGCAGGAAAAGCUACACCAGAGGUGCAGUUUACUGGAGCACAUAAAGGAGAGGCUGUCAGUGAUUUUGAGAUCAUUGAUAACCAUGACUACUCCUUCACUGUUCGCUACACUGCAUUGCAGCAGGGUAACAUGAGCAUCUCUGUGCACCAUGGAGGUGAUCCUAUCCCUAAAAGCCCCUUCAUUAUUACUGUCGCUCCUCCGCUGGAUCUAAGCAAGGUCAAAGUCCAAGGGCUUAACACCAAAGUGGAUGUGGGAAAAGACCAGGAGUUUGCAGUUAACACACAUGGAGCUGGUGGUCAGGGCAAGAUGGAUGUACAGAUCACCUCACCAUCUCGACGACCAAUCCCGUGCAAAGUUGAGUCUGGACCGGCCAAUGAAGUGCACACUGUGAAGUACAUCCCACCAGAGGAGGGACCGUACAAAGUGGACAUCAGCUAUGACGGCAACCCUGUGCCAGGAAGUCCCUUUAGUGUUGAAGGAGUCAUGCCACCAGAUCCGUCUAAAGUGCGAGCCUAUGGCCCUGGCCUGAGGGGAGGAAUUGUUGGUCAACCUGCACCCUUUGCCAUAGACACCAAAGGUGCCGGCACAGGCGGUCUGGGCCUGACAGUGGAAGGUCCUUGUGAGGCCAAGAUUGAGUGCCAGGAUAAUGGAGAUGGCUCAUGCUCUGUAUCCUACCUUCCCACUGAGCCCGGUGAGUACGCCAUCAACAUCCUGUUUGCUGAGGCUCACGUGCCCGGCUCCCCCUUUAAAGCCAUGGUGCAGUCUGUAUUCGACUCGAACAAGGUGACGGCCAGCGGGCCAGGAUUGGAGAGGGGCAAAGUCGACGAGGCAGCCUCAUUCACAGUGGACUGCUCCAAGGCGGGCGAGGCCGAGCUCACCAUCGAGAUCAUUUCGGACUCAGGCGCUCAGGCUCAAGUGCAUAUCCAGAACAACAGCGACGGCACUUACUCCAUCACCUAUGUUCCCACGUUCCAUGGCAUGUACACCAUCACUAUCAAAUAUGGAGGACAUGCUGUUCCAAAGUUUCCUGCCCGGGUUCAGGUUGAUCCUGCCAUCGACACCAGUGGGGUCAAGGUUUUUGGACCAGGAGUAGAACCCAAAGGAGUCCUUAAAGAGGUCACCACACACUUCAUCGUGGACACACGGGCCUACAACAAAACUGGAGGCAACCACAUCAAAGCUGUUGUUGUUAACCCAUCAGGCACCAACACAGAUACGUACAUCACAGACAAAGGCGAUGGUACAUACAGAGUGGAGUACACUGCUUAUGAGGAUGGUGUACACAUGAUUGAAGUGUUAUAUGAUGAUGUGCCGGUUCCAAAAAGCCCGUUCAGGGUGUCAGUAGCCGAGGGCUGUGACCCGAGUCGUGUCCGGGCAUAUGGCCCAGGCCUGGAGGAGGGACUGGUCAAUAAAUCCAACCGCUUCACUGUGGAGACUAGGGGUGCUGGUACGGGUGGUCUUGGCUUAGCCAUUGAGGGUCCGUCUGAGGCUAAGAUGUCCUGUAAGGAUAAUAAAGAUGGCAGCUGCAGUGUGGAGUACAUCCCCUUUACUCCUGGAGAGUAUGAUGUCAACAUUACAUUCGGUGGCCUGCCUAUCCCAGGCAGCCCAUUCAGAGUUCCAGUUAAAGAGCUGGUGGAUCCCAGUAAGGUAAGGUGUUCUGGCCCUGGCCUGGGCAAUGGAGUGCGAGCUCACGUUCCACAAACCUUCACUGUGGACUGCAGCAAGGCGGGCCUGGCUCCACUGGAAGUGCUGUUGUACAGUCCAACAGGAGCAACUGAACCUGUAAGCAUUACAGAUAAUGGUGAUGGCACCCACACUGUGAUUUACACCCCAUCCAAGGAUGGCCCUUACACUGUUUAUGUCAAGUACGCAGAUCAGGAGGUGCCACGCAGUCCUUUUAAGGUAAAGGCCCUGCCAGCUCAUGAUGCCAGUAAGGUUCGUGCCAGUGGGCCUGGUCUUAAUGCCUCAGGUGUGCCUGCUAGCCUGCCUGUUGAAUUCACCAUUGAUGCCCGUGAUGCGGGUGAGGGUCUCCUUACUGUCCAGAUCCUGGAUCCAGAAGGAAAAGCUAAGAAAGCGAACAUCAGGGAUAACAGAGAUGGAACAUAUACAGUGUCCUACGUGCCGGACAUGACAGGCCGCUACACCAUCACCAUCAAGUACGGUGGAGAUGAGAUUCCCUUCUCUCCCUACCGCAUCCAUGCUCUGCCCACAGGAGAUGCCAGCAAAUGCUUGGUCACAGUUUCCAUUGGAGGACAUGGCCUGGGCUCAGGACUAGGACCCACCAUUCAGAUUGGUGAGGAGACCGUCAUUACUGUGGAUGCCAAGGCUGCCGGGAAGGGAAAGGUCACAUGCAAAGUGUCCACUCCUGAUGGUGCCGAACUAGACGUUGAUGUGGUGGAGAACUCGGACGGAACAUUCGAUAUUUAUUACACAGCUCCCGAGCCAGGAAAAUAUGUCAUCACUAUUCGCUUCGGUGGAGAACACAUCCCCAACAGCCCCUUCCAUGUGGUGGCAUCUGAUACUGUUCCUAUAAUAGAGGAGCCGUGUGACAAAGUGCAGUUACAACAGCCCUACUCCCCUUACCAGACCUACUCCCCUCACUGGGCUACUGAGGAGCCAGUCACAGCCAUUAAUGGCAUGGAACCCAUGCUGCGUCCCUUCAGUCUGGUCAUCCCAUUUACUGUACAAAAAGGAGAGAUAACAGGUGAGGUGCGAAUGCCUUCUGGAAAGACUGCCCGGCCUAACAUUGCUGACAAUAAGGAUGGCACAGUAACUGUGAAGUACGCCCCUACUGAAAAAGGCCUGCAUGAGAUGGACAUUAAAUAUGAUGGCAACCACAUACCAGGAAGUCCACUGCAGUUUUAUGUUGAUGCCAUCAACAGUGGUCAUGUGACUGCUUAUGGGCCUGGCCUAAGUCAUGGCAUGGUCAACAAACCUUCAGUGUUUACAAUUGUUACAAAGGAUGCUGGAGAAGGUGGUCUGUCUCUAGCAGUUGAAGGGCCCUCAAAGGCAGAAAUCAGCUGUAAGGACAACAAAGAUGGUACUUGCACCGUCUCCUACCUGCCCACCGCACCAGGAGACUAUAAUAUCAUUGUGAAGUUUGAUGACAAACACAUCCAUGGUAGCCCCUUUACAGCCAGGAUUACAGGUGAUGACUCUAUGAGGACUUCCCAGCUGAAUGUGGGCACAGCAACAGAUGUUUCCCUUAAGAUCACUGAGACAGACUUGAGUUCCCUCACAGCAAGCAUCAGAGCUCCGUCUGGUAAUGAGGAGCCCUGUCUGCUUAAGAGACUGCCCAACCGCCACAUUGGAAUCUCCUUCACUCCCAAGGAAGUGGGCGAGCAUGUGGUGAGUGUGAAGAAGAAUGGCAAACAUGUGACCAACAGUCCCUUCAAAAUCAUGGUUGGUCAAUCAGAGAUCGGAGAUGCCACCAAGGUGAAGGUGUUCGGCAAAGGCCUUGUGGAGGGACACACAUUUGAGGUGGCCGAGUUCAUUGUGGACACCAGGAAUGCAGGCUAUGGUGGUCUGGGCCUGUCCAUUGAGGGACCCAGCAAAGUGGACAUUAACUGUGAAGACAUAGAAGAUGGAACAUGUAAAGUUACCUACUGCCCCACAGAGCCAGGCACAUACAUCAUCAACAUCAAAUUUGCAGACCAGCAUGUGCCAGGAAGUCCAUUCACAGUGAAGGUGCUGGGAGAUGGCAGGAUGAAAGAGAGCAUCACCAGAAGAAGACAGGCACCCUCUAUUGCCACUGUGGGCAGCACGUGUGACCUUAACCUUAAAAUCCCAGGAAAUUGGUUUCAGAUGGUGUCGGCUCAGGAGAGGCUAACUCGUACCUUUACGCGCAGCAGCCACACGUAUACUCGUACCGAGCGCACAGAGAUCAGCAAGACACGGGCCGGUGAGACCAAACGUGAAGUUCAUGUGGAGGAGAGCACUCAGCUUGGGGGAGACCCCUUCAGAGAUGUUUUUGGAGGUUUCCUGGGUCCUUUCACUGGCAUGCAGUCCAGUCAGUCUGAGGGCGAGUCAGGCACUCAGGAAAUGACAGCUCAGGUCACAAGUCCCAGUGGUAAGACAGACGAUGCUGAAAUCAUCGAGGGUGAGGACAGUGCCUACAGUGUGCGUUUUGUGCCCCAGGAGAUGGGCCCUCACACAGUUAACGUGAAAUACAGAGGCCAGCAUGUGCCAGGAAGUCCCUUCCAGUUCACGGUAGGACCCCUUGGGGAAGGAGGGGCCCACAAAGUGCGUGCUGGUGGCACUGGACUCGACCGAGGAGUGGCAGGAGUGCCAGCGGAAUUCAGUAUCUGGACGCGUGAGGCGGGUGCAGGUGGUUUGUCUAUCGCUGUGGAGGGACCCAGUAAGGCAGAGAUCUCUUUUGAGGACAGGAAAGAUGGUUCAUGUGGAGUGGCUUACGUGGUCCAGGAGCCUGGUGACUAUGAAGUAUCAAUAAAAUUUAAUGACGAGCACAUACCAGACAGUCCAUUCAUUGUUCCAAUAGCAACACUCUCUGAUGACGCUCGCAGACUUACUGUCACAAGCCUACAGGAGACUGGGCUAAAAGUGAAUCAGGAGGCUUCGUUUGCAGUGCAGCUGAAUGGAGCAAGGGGUAUGAUUGACGCCAAGGUGCACACACCCUCUGGUGCAAUGGAGGAGUGCUACGUCACAGAACUAGAUAAUGAUAAGCAUGCAAUCCGCUUUAUCCCACGUGAAAAUGGUGUCCACUCUAUCGACGUACGCUUCAACGGGAGCCACAUUCCUGGCAGCCCCUUUAAAAUUCGUGUGGGUGAGCAAAGCCAAGUUGGAGAUCCAGGCAUGGUGUCUGCUUUCGGUCCUGGCCUGGAAGGAGGAACCACCGGUGUUCCCUCCGAGUUCAUUGUAAACACAGUCAAUGCCGGAACCGGCGCUCUUUCUGUCACCAUCGACGGACCUUCAAAAGUAAAGAUGGACUGCCAGGAGUGUCCAGAGGGUUACAAGGUCACUUACACACCCAUGGCUCCCGGCAGCUACCUCAUCUCCAUUAAAUACGGGGGACCGCAACAUAUAGUUGGCAGCCCGUUCAAAGCUAAAGUCACUGGUCCACAUCUCUCUGGCGGACACAGUCUUCAUGAGACGUCAUCUGUGCUAGUAGAAACAGUCACCAAGUCAUCCACCAUGGCUGGUUCUUUUGCUUCCUUGCCCAAGUUUUUAUCCGACGCCAGUAAAGUGACGUCACGAGGAUCUGGCCUCUCCAAAGCCUUCAUUGACCAGAAGAACACCUUUACAGUAGACUGCAGUAAAGCUGGGACAAACAUGCUGAUGGUUGGUGUGCACGGGCCAAAGACUCCAUGUGAGGAGGUCUACGUCAAACACAUGGGCAACAGGAUGUAUAACGUCACCUACACGGUCAAGGAGAAAGGAGAUUAUAUCCUUAUUGUUAAAUGGGGUGAUGAGAUGGUACCUGGCAGUCCCUUUCAUGUCACAGUGCCUUAAAAUGGACAUGCUUUACCUUCACUGAACCCCCUCCCUAAUAUCUAUGCAGAGACUCGACUGUCUCUCCCGGAGGAAAGACAGUAAUCACAGAUAUUACCAAAUCAUUUCACUGAUGUUUGUUUGUUGCUGUAAACAAAUCAAGAUGACAUCACAUCAUGGUAUUGCUGAGCUUUUAUGCCAAUCAUUCUCCAUGUUUGCAUACUAUCCUCACUGUUUUUACAAGGUUGUUUAUUCACUAGUGUUACAUCUUUGACUCUUUUUUUGCUGAUAGUUUUUGUAUUUUUUAUUUUUGUGAUUCUAGAGAAUGGAUGAAUGUUCAGCUUAAUAGAUAUGGUCUGACAAAUUAGCAUUAACAUUUGUUAGAAAUCUACUACCCUUUAAUGACUGAAACCACUUUGAAGUUUAUUUUUUUAUUUAUUUAGACUACCUUUUCUUUUAUUGAU